GGGCGCCCCGGGCGGGACUUCCGGUCUAGAUUCCCACCGGGGGCGGGAUUUCCUGUUUUCUUCCUAGAGAAGGGGCCUCGCUGGGCCGCGGGCGUGGUGCAGCCCCACUCCCCGACCUUCGGUGGUAGGAUCCUCCUGGGACACCCCGCUCCGUGUCCCGUGCUGCAGCCGUUUUCUUCCCUAUCUCCCUCCACACCUGUCCUGGGAGGCCUGCACCUUCCCACUGGACAGCUCCCCCUUGCUGGUUUGCCCCCGAGUCUCACCUGAUAGGAGGCCACAGGCCUAGGAGGUCUGAGUAAGUUGCCCUCCUUUGAGCCGCCUUCACAAGUCACUCGCCCGGUUUUCACACCGCUGCCGUGGCUACCCCGAGAUCUAAGAGGAGGAGCUAGGUCCUGCCAUUCUUUGCUCUCUUCUGUUCCCAAAGAAGUGAACCUAAGCUAACAGUCGUCCAGGCUGUGUCAUCUUGGACCAGUCACCUAAGUUUCCAGCCUCCUUCAUCAGCUAGGAACAGUGGAAGGUGUGUGGAGGAGUCGGUGAGCGCCUUCUAAAGCUUUAGGGCUCGGAUGGCGUCUGGGCGGCCAGAGGAACUGUGGGAAGCUGUUGUGGGGGCCGCCGAGCGUUUCCGGGCCCGCACUGGCACUGAGCUGGUGUUACUGACUGCAGCACCGCCCCCGCCGCCCCGACCAGGGCCCUGUGCCUAUGCUGCACAUGGCCGCGGGGCCCUGGCAGAGGCUGCCCGCCGCUGCCUCCACGAUAUCGCACAGGCGCACAGGGCUGCCACUGCCAUCCGACCUCCUGGUCCCCCACCAGCACCACAGCCGCCUAGCCCCUCUCCUAGCCCUCCACCUCGGCCAGCCGUGGCCAGGGAGGAUGAUGAGGAAGAUGAGGACGAGCCCACUGAGACAGAGACUUCUGGGGAGCGGCUGGGCUGUAGCGAUAAUGGAGGACUCUUCAUGAUGGAUGAGGAUGCCACCCUCCAGGACCUGCCCCCCUUUUGCGAGUCAGACCCGGAGAGCACAGAUGACGGCAGCCUGAGUGAGGAGACCCCCGCUGGUCCCCCAGCCUGUCCUAAGCCCCCGGCCACAGCCCUGCCUACCCAGCAGUAUGCCAAGUCUCUGCCCGUGUCGGUGCCAGUGUGGGCUUUCAAGGAGAAGAGGACAGAAGCACGAUCCUCAGAUGAGGAGAAUGGCCCGCCCUCCUCGCCCGACCUAGACCGAAUAGCGGCUAGCAUGCGCGCUCUGGUGCUGCGGGAGGCCGAGGACACCCAGGUCUUUGGGGACCUGCCGCGCCCGCGGCUCAAUACCAGCGACUUCCAGAAGCUGAAGCGGAAAUACUGAGCGUGCAGGACGCCGAGUGGGCCGAGGCGAGCGAGAGGACACUGUCCGCUUCGGCCAUUGGUCUUUGCUGCUCCGUCUGCCCGGCAACAGAACAAUUCUUGACGGGAUUGGCUCGCUCCGGCUGGGCGGGGCUAGUUGUAAAAGCUCAGUGGGUCGACUCCGUUUCUUGCCUAGCAACAGCAGCUUCGCCCGCCUGGAGUGGCGGCCCGAGGGCGGAGCCCAGCUGCGGGAGCCGUGCUGCUCCGCCAAUGGCCGGAGAGCCACCGGCCGCCCUUCCUGAGAUUCCUCCACCCGAUUGGCCCGGGCCUGGGGUUGUGGCCAAGCCCUCCCGAACCCAGAGUUGGCCCGAGGCUUUGAGUUUAUUACACUACGGGGCUGGGGUUUUGGUGGUUUGUUUUUUUGUUUCUUUCUGUUUUGGCCCGAGUCCUGGCAUUUGUACCCUGGGCCCCUUGGGGAUGUCCCGUCGUGCUCUGCGUCUGACGCCCUCCUAGGUCCCACCGCCAGACAGCCUGUUCUCAAUGUCCUGUACCCAGGACGGCACCAGCUUCCUGUCCCCCGACCCCGACAGGUGCCUUAAAGGCCCUCUCCCACCCGAGGUGGGGGGCAGGGGCCUCACUCUCCGGCCCUGGCCUGGGGUGCGGGAGUGGGGUGGAGCGGGAGUCAGGAGGGCCGCUCUGAAAUUAAAGGUUUUACCUCUCACCA